CCGCAUCCUCCCCGACGCCCGCCCAUGCCGAGCGGGUCCUCGCCGAUCGAUCUUUCAUAACCCUGCUAUCUCGCGCGCAUAUUGCGUUGUGGCGCGCCCCGCUCAUAACCGAUUUAGCCUGUCCCGCGCUCGGGAACCAACCGCACAACCAACUGGAAUACCGAACUCAACAACUCGUCCAUCCCUCUUCGCUGCUGCUGUCUCCGCUCCUGGUCCCCCGCGUCCCCUGGGCCUGUACCUGAACAAUAACACGGCGGCCCCGUGCUAGCCAAAACCGGUCCUUUGUUUGCUGCAACAAGCGACUCGCCCGGUUCAGCUUGUGACGCACGCUCUGCUCGGGACAGACACACGACCCGCCCGCCCGCGCAGGCUGGUGUACGCUCUCCCUGCCCCCGCCCCCGCCGUGUACGAUGGAGCUCGAGUACGAUACACGCCCGGUCCCAGUCGUCCACCGCGGUCGCGACUGGAACACCACGGCGCUUAAUGGCUCUGCAACUUCCCCGGUAGCUACCCCUUCCUCCUCCUCGUUCGCGUCGCGCCGUCGCUCAACUGCGGGGCACACCCCUCCUCCUCCGCCCGGCCCGCCGCCUGCUCAGCCUAUCCCCAGUCUUCCUGUUGCAGGCCUAUCACGCUACGAAACCUAUGAUGGGAUGCCAGAUGCAUCAGGAUCAGGCCCAGAUGUUCCCAGCAUGAACUCGACAUACGCCCGCCCCACCCCCUCGGCCAGUCUGGCUGCAGUCACUGCUUUCUCUCAAGCACGCUACGCAUCUGCAUCGACCACCGGCUAUCCGUCGCCCACCCUGAGCGGGGCCUCCUCCGACAACCUCGCCGACUCCCCGCCACGAUCGAUGCUCCGCCCCCCACCUCCGCAGCCGCCGCCCCCCACGCAACAGGAGACAGCGAACGACAGGCUGCUGCUCACGCCAAAUGUCGAUCAAAGGCCGCCUGGACAGCGACCAUCCUCGCGACGGGCGUUAACGCGAGCCUUGGAGCUUGCGCGAGAGGCUGUCAGAUUGGACUCGACGAACGACGACCCGUACGGUGCGGUGAUGGCGUACGCCCGGAGCGUCGCGCUGCUGAGCGAGGUUAUGGAGCGGGUGAUGCGCGGGGAGGACAGCACAGAAACAAGACGACGGAAUGGGAGGCGGAGAAGCGUAGUCGCGCAGGAGGAGGAAGUACGACGGUUGAAGUCAAUUCAUGAUACGUAUGCGGACAGGAUGAAUAUCCUUAGCGUCGUAUACGAAAUUCCCCUCCCUCCCCACUCCCCAUCCUCUGUCUAUGCUUCCUCUUCCGCAUCUGUCUCGAGCGAUUCGACGCGUCCUUCCUCCCCGAGGUCAACCACACCAACAUCAGAACGCUCGCCAUCCAGAACACGCGAUAGCGAUCAGCGUCACUCUACGGAAACUGUUAGGGCCGACGACGAAGACUCCGGGGCGCUGAGCCGCAACAGCAGUCAUAACAGCCUCUCACACUACUCGGCGGCGCGUUCGACAUACUCAAAUCCUGGAACAGCCUCUCCUGUGCAUCCCUAUGCGGCCGCGUCUGCGCCAUCGCUCCCACCAAUCCCUCCGACAGAUAUCGGCCCCAAUUCCCGUACCUCCAUUCGUUCGCGUCCCCGCGCCUCAUCAACCCUCCCACCCCCUGCGCCGCCUCCCACCACCCUCCCGCCCCCUGCACCCUCACCCACCCGUCUUGACUAUCCAGACCUCACGCCAACCGCGACAAGAUCAGAAGUCGGCCGCGCGCGAGGUAACUCCAUCAGCCACAGACGAACUGGCUCCAACGGCCGCCUCGUACCUCUGAGAGAAGAGACUGUCAAUGGUGUCUCUGCAGGGCAGAGCAGUCAUGCGGAAGAUGGCCUCAGGCCCAGGUCCCGCGUAAAUAUGCACCCGAAUGGCGUAUCACCACCGCUACCGCCCCUACCGUCACCGUCUAUCGAGGCUCCCGCGAUACCCAGGAACGGGCUCGGCGACCAUCCUUCGUCACCGCCGCCUGGCAGUCCGGGUCACUUUACGACUCCGAGGCCGCGGGGAGGAUCUACGAUGUCUGUACGCUCGGAGGUCACGCCAACGAGCAAGCCCGCCCUCAUAAACACGUCUCCGGCGUUGGGUACCAUCUCCCAGCGACGCGGCAAGGCUCCCGGUCCUCCUGGUUCGGGCGGAGAUGCGCCGUCUCCGACGGAUUCGACUCUGUCCGCAGCCUCUGCGCCAAAUAUGGGCAGGGUAGCAUCUGCAAUACCUGCAAGCACGGUCAGUAACCUGGGCCUCGGACGGAACAGGGCGUCAUCCCAGCCUGGGAGACGGCCGUCCAUCGUGACCGCGUACUCAUAUCCCUCCUUGCAGGGGGGUUCCCCUGCGCCACGGAAAGUCUCGAUACCCUCUCGUCUGAACCCUUCUUCGCCACCACAAAUCACGCUAGACACGUCGAUACUGUCACCGACACUGCACCUGUCGGGACUGACGUCGCCUCCGUUGGUGCCCCCUCCUCCGAUACCCUACGCAAAUAUACCCAUGGCGCCAUUAUCCCCCCUCCCGUCCUCCGCGCCCCCAGAUCCACUCCGCAAACCGUACCACAUGAUGUUCCUCCUGCGCCAGACGAUGACGUCCAAGACAGGCGGGUAUAUCACGCGCCGACUACACGUCCCGCAGGAGGUGUGGUCGCAGGGCGGCGCGAAGCUCACGAACGUGCCCGAGAAGAUCCGCGUCGUCGAGGUGCUCUGCUCUGCGCUCGAGGAGCUGCAGCACUGGAGCGCGGAGUACUUUGGGGCGGGCAACGUGAGCAGCGGGCUCGCGCUCGGCAUCGGCAGCAUUUCUCGCAAGGAGGGCGAGCAGUGGGCGGCGAAGCUCGAGGACUUCUCCGGCGUGUGCGAUGGCGUCGUGGGUCAGUUUGGGAAGAAGCUCGGCGUCGGCGAGGGGUUCAUGACCAAGAAAAGCAGCGGCGUUACGUCUUGGGGAGGGCGACUGACCCGGCAGUUCGACAAAAUCACGAACGGGAAAAACCUGGACUCGCCCGCGCUGUACGUGCAGGGCCUGUCGAAGCUGUUCCAGGCCGCACAGAUCCUGGACGAGCACGCGAAGGCAGCGGCGCCGCAGUCGCUCGCGCCACUAUAUGCCGCGUUCCCGCCUGAUAUCCGCAACUCGCUAGACCUGAAGCUGCGCCACGCGUCCGAGUUCUUUGCGAAGGUCGUGCUCACGUUCGUUAUCCGCGACAUGGCGCUCCUGCUCGACAAGUACGUGAAGAAGUGCGAGAAGUGGCUCGCGGAGUAGGCCGCCGCCCGCGCAGCCUGCGUGCGUGCGCGGGGGCGAGGACGCGUAGAUUCGGAUUCGGGAACGGACUCAGCGAACUGCGGCGCGUCGUCUUCAUAGCUGUACUUUCUCUGCACCGUAUAUACCGCGCAUCUUCAUUUCGCCACCGGACCCCCACCCACCAUACGUAUGUGCCCGCCCGCGCGCAGGCGGCCCUUUUGUUUGUUUCGGCGUUGUAACAUUAUGCUCACGGGAUAGAUGCCUCUUCUCUUCCUCUCGUUGUCUGUCGUUCAUGUCCCGUCUUUGUCCCCCUCUUCGUGUCGUUCGGAUACAUCCCGCGCCUGCGUCAAC